ACUGGCGUAAUUUUUCAUAUAACGGGUUUAAAAAGUGCGCAUAAGUAAAUUUAGUGAAAAAACUGAAAGUCGUGAAAGUUUUAUAAAUUAAAUUGUUUAUAUUAUAGAUUAAAUCUGUUCAGUAAAUUACGUGUAUUAAAAUGUUUUCCUAUGAUUUGCCCAACGGCGGUCUUAACACAAAAACCUUUGUGACAAAAGAAGGACAAAUUAAAUUCGAUCCAGCAUUAUACGAACAAAGAUACACAACAACUGUGCGCAUUAUUGAAGAUCCGCGUUGGCGACAAUCCCUAAAAAAGAUUGUCGAUUUUGGUUGUUCUGAAAUGCGUCUUCUACCGCUUCUGCGGCGUAUACCGAAAGUGGAACAUAUUUUGGCAGUUGAUAUAGAUGAGAAAGUGUUAUCAGUUUUUCAGCAGAGAGCUGUCCCACUUGUAUCAGAUUAUUUGCAUAAACGAGAAGAGCCUCUGCGUAUAGAAGUACUGAAAGGCAGUAUCACAGAUUCAGUUGAACAAUUGCGUAAUGUGGACGUAGUAAUCGGUCUAGAAAUCAUUGAACAUUUGCAUGCCGAUGUUUUGGAAAAGGUUCCAGAGAACAUAUUCGGAUUUGUGCAACCCAAAUUGGCUAUAUUUUCAACACCAAAUUCCGAAUUCAAUGUCUUUUUCGAUUCGCUAUUGGGUAACGGUUUUCGUCAUUUCGAUCACAAAUUUGAAUGGUCUCGUGCAGAGUUUAGGGCUUGGACUGAUAAUAUUUGUCAUCGUUAUCCUAACUAUAGCGUGGCAUUUCUAGGUUUGGGCAACCCUCCAGACGAGAAGAGGGAUGUAGAAGAUGUAGGGUUCGCUACUCAAAUGGCGUUAUUUGCACGCAACGAUUUAAUUAAAAAGCCUUUAGCCACGGACUUAAACGGGCAAAGCUUACCGCUUUCUGGUGUCAAAUACAAAGAAAUUUACACUGUAGAUUUUCCGUACUAUAAAGACGAGCGUACGCAAGAUGAAAAGAUUUGGUGUGAAGUACAAUAUUUUAUAAACCGAUAUAGGUAUGCAACAAUAUAUUUCAAUGUGGAUCGUCACAUUUAUCAGUUGCCAUGGCUGCAAUUGAUGGAUUUUGCAAGGAAAGAGAACGUUAGUCAAGAAGAAUUGUUGGAUAUUUUGCGCAAUCAUAAUAUACAAGUGGAAGGUAAUUUUAUAAUAAUGCCCGAAUAUGAUGAUGAUGAUGAUGAUGAUCAUGGACUGUGUUAUGAGCUGAAUGAUCUCAAUCUGGAAUUGAAUAAUGAAUAUAACAAUCAAUGCGGCAAUGGAGACGCCGCCAGUACAGCUUUUAAUAUCGAAAAUGCUAAAGAUGAUAGCGAAGAAUGUUGGGAUUAAAUAUUACCAUAAAUCAUUAAAGUAGCGUUACACUUUUAAGAAUCUGUGAUUUCGCAUUUCUUAACAUUACAUACUUAGAAUUAAGCCAUUGAUAAGGUAAUCGGGAUCCAAUACUAAUGUCAACUUGUCAUAGUGGGCCUGAAGCUUGCAUGCUCCUAUUAAUACCUAAAAACAAAAGGCAAUGUAAAUAAUCGAGGUUUUUCUCAAUUAGUGAAUAAAGUAC